ACUACGAUCUAAUCUUUGUAGAUAAGUCAGUUUGCAGAUGAAUGACGAUCAAACUUAUUAAGUAUCCCAAAGAAUGUAUAUAUAUACAUAGCUAAGUAGUUCGUGAAUGGUUUAAACAAACGUAUUUUCAUUUUAUAAUAGUAUUUAUAAUGGUUGUGGUGAUAUAGUGAUAUUUUACAAGUUGUAAAGUUUAAUUUUAUUCAUGCGAGCGUUCCAGCAUCGUCAAAGGAGCAACACUUGGGGUAGCGGAGGACCUUCUACCGCCCAAGUGCCAAGAGCUCCAAGAAGAUCGCUAUGUGUAAUUGAAACGAACGAGGAACCAACAAGCAACUUACGAAUAAAAGUAAUAAAGGGAAUAGGACUUGCAAAGAAAGACAUUUUCGGAGCCAGUGAUCCAUAUGUACGGAUUGACCUAAAUACUAUAAAUGGGGAUGAAACUAUUGACUCUGUAUUAACUAAAACAAAAAAGAAGACAUUGAAUCCUAAUUGGAACGAAGAAUUUGUAUUUAGGGUUAAGCCAGCAGAACAUAAACUUAUAUUCCAAGUAUUCGAUGAGAACAGAUUAACAAGAGAUGAUUUUUUGGGCAUGGUUGAGUUGACGUUAAUCAGCUUACCUAAAGAACAAGAGGGACGAGCUAUUUUACCAACAAAAUAUGUUUUAAAACCAAGAAGUACCUGUGGUGCUGUAUGUAGUGAUUACAGUUCACGGUCGAGAGUGCGCGGGUAUUUGGAGAUUUAUCAUGCAUUCCUGCGUAACAACACCAUCGAUGACGUGCCGGAAGAAGAAAGACCCGACAACGAUUGGCAGAUUGUAAAUAAUUCUGUGGGAGAUGAUGCACCAUCCAUAUUUAAUUCACCGUCGACGGAAUCAACAGCAGAGCUUCCGCAAGGAUGGGAGGAACGGCAAGAUGCGAACGGUAGGACGUACUAUGUUAAUCACAUAGCAAGAACCACUCAGUGGGAAAGACCGACCUUAACUUUAAAUGUGGAUAACCAACUUCAAGAACAAAGGGUAUUGGAAUUAGCUGUAGAAUUUGACCGUCGUUUCCAUAUUAGUGUUGACGAUGAGAACCAACAUGAACAUUCGAACGCAACUACACGGACGGAUGACACAACGGAUAGUUCGAAUACAUCUAGACGUGAUUCGACGACAUCUUCCAAUAGCAAUGUUAGUCAACAAAAUUUGCAGAGUGAAGGUCUGCCCGCAGGUUGGUCCAUGCAGGUGGCUCCAAACGGACGCAUCUUUUUCAUCGAUCACAAUGAGCGUACGACAUCGUGGGUUGAUCCAAGAACAGGGCGCGCUUCUCCUAUGCCCAAUCAAACAGUUCAAGUGACGAACAAGAAUGUAGAAGACGAUUUGGGUCCGUUACCGGAAGGCUGGGAAGAGAGACAACACAGUGAUGGACGAAUUUUUUUCAUUGAUCAUAAUACAAGAACAACUCAAUGGGAAGACCCAAGAAUGUCUUGUCCAUCAAUUGCAGGUCCAGCUAUUCCAUAUUCUAGAGAUUAUAAAAGAAAAUACGAGUAUAUGAAAGGACAAUUGAAAAAACCGAGUAAUGUACCUAAUAAAUUUGAAAUUAAAGUGAGAAGGACACAUAUCCUAGAAGAUUCAUACAGGGUUAUUAGUUCAGUUUCUAGACCAGAUAAUUUAAAGACCAAGUUGUGGGUGGAGUUUGAGGCAGAAGUUGGUUUAGAUUAUGGCGGACUAGCUCGAGAAUGGUUUUUUCUAUUAUCAAAAGAAAUGUUUAAUCCUUAUUAUGGAUUAUAUGAAUAUUCAGCAAUGGACAACUAUACAUUACAAAUAAACCCUGCUUCCGGUAUGUGUAACGAGGAGCAUUUGAAUUAUUUUAAAUUUAUAGGUCGCGUUGCUGGAUUAGCAGUUUAUCACGGAAAAUUACUAGACGCGUUUUUCAUUAGACCGUUUUAUAAAAUGAUGCUUGGUAAAAGCAUUGACUUGAAAGAUAUGGAAUCAGUAGACAGCGAGUAUUACAAGUCGUUAUUAUGGAUAAAAGAAAACGAUCCCUCUGGACUUGAUCUUACGUUUUCGGUUGAUGAAGACUCAUUUGGACAAACAUCCCUAGUUGAGUUAAAACCGGGUGGAGCUAACAUUCCUGUUGAUAAUUCUAAUAAAGACGAAUAUAUUAGUUGCGUGAUAAAGUGGCGCUUUGUAAGCCGUGUACAAAAACAAAUGGACGCAUUCCUGACAGGUUUCAGCGAUUUAGUCCAAUUAAAUCUGGUGAAAAUAUUUGAUGAAAACGAAUUGGAACUCUUAAUGUGCGGUAUUCAAAACAUUGAUGUAAAGGACUGGAAACAGAAUACAUUGUACAAAGGCGAUUAUCACGGAAAUCACAUUGUCGUUCAAUGGUUCUGGCGCGUUGUACUUUCUUUUUCGAAUGAAAUGCGAGCACGUUUACUUCAAUUCGUUACCGGCACGUCUCGCGUUCCCAUGAAUGGUUUUAAAGAGCUUUAUGGUAGUAACGGUCCGCAAUUAUUCACCAUCGAAAAAUGGGGUACAGUGGGCAAUUACCCUAGAGCUCAUACUUGUUUUAAUAGAUUGGAUUUACCACCAUACGAGAGUUACCAACAACUAAGAGAAAAAUUAAUCAAAGCAAUAGAAGGUUCGCAAGGUUUUGCUGGUGUCGAUUAGAAUAAUUAAAACAAUAUAAUAUAAUAUAUAUUUUUAUGAGAUUUAUAACAACAGGUAUUCUGUCCAUUAUAUGUUAAGAUUA